AGUAGAUUCAUGAUAGCAUGCAUUGAGUCUUGAGUCAGACAGUGAGAUGAGAGUGGCGAAGGGAAAAAAGAUCAAAUUAAACCUAAUGCCUGACAAUGGCCAAAAUGUGAGGUUAGGUAACCUCACAUUUAAAACAUUUUGAUAAGAUUUAGGAUGUUUCAAAAACAAAAUAAAUUACGGAUUAUUUUAGAUUAUUUAAUUCAAAAUAUUCAAAAAUAGAUACUCAGUAAUCUUAGAAUGUCUGAAACGAGUGAUAAUAAUCCCUUGUGGAUAUUUGGUUAUGGCUCUCUAUUAUGGAAAACUGAUUUUCCUUAUGCAAAGAAGAAAGUGGGAUUUAUCAAGGGAUAUUUAAGAAGAUUUUAUCAAUCCAGCGUAGAUCAUAGGGGGAUCCCAGAAAAGCCUGGUCGUGUGGUGACCUUAAUUCCUUCUUCAAAUCCUGAGGUAAGGAUCUAG